AUGAGUAGAAUCGAUAGGUUUCUUGUGUCGGAAAAAGUGGUGAAUGAUUGGGGUGUGGAAGGCCAAAGGGUGGGGGAGAGAGACAUUUCGGAUCAUUGUCCGAUUUGGUUGGAAGUGGACAUGAACAAUUGGAGCCCUAAACCGUUUAAAUUCAACAACGAAUGGUUUUCUUGCGACACUUUCUACGCGUUUGUGGAAAAGGAAUGGAGGAGCUUUAGAGUUAGUGGAAGAGGGGAUUUUGUUUUGAAACAAAAGCUUUUUUUACUUAAAGGUAGCCUUAAAAGGUGGAAUAAAGAGGUUUUUGGUAGGUUGGAUUUAGAGAUUCAAGACGAAGUUCGAGCUAUUAAUGUUGGUGAUGCUUUAUUAGAAGUGGAAGAGGAGGAUUUUAACCUGGAUAUUUUAUUCAAUAGGAAGGAAGCAACAAGUAGGUUUUGGACGAAAUUGAGAAUUAAAGUAAACAUGUUAGUGCAAAAAGCUAACUUGAAGUGGAUGAAGGAGGGUGAUUCUAAUAGUGGUUUAUUCCACAAAGUGAUGAAGGAGAAGAGAAGAUAUAAUCACAUCGGGCCUUUUAGUACUCCGGAAGGUUUGGUUGAAUCGGUCAAGGAUAUUAAAGACUUUGUUGCUCACCAUUUUUCUAAGAAGUUUGAAGAGGAGGAUAGAAUGGUUCCAACGUUAGAUGGUAUUUGUUUCGACAAAAUUAGUGAGGAGGAUAGGAUUUGGCUUGAAAGACCUUUUCAAGAGGAAGAAAUAAAUGAGGCGCUAAAGGGUUGUGGUGUAGCUAAAAGUCCGGGGCCGGAUGGGUUUUCUUUCAUGUUCAUUAGAAGAUGUUGGCCUUUUUUAAAAGAAGACUUUUUGAAGUAUUUUGAUCAUUUUUUUGUGGGAGGGGAAUUAUCUAAGGCGGUUGAAGGAUAG